UUGUAACUGUCGUCUGCACCCCAUGUCUGAUUUAUUAUAAUUAAGUUGUCAGUUAUCAUGAAAAUAAUUAAUUAGAAGUUUUCGUAUAAAAGUUUUUUAUAAGAGGAUGUACAUUAUUAAAAUUUCCCAAAAGCAGCGCCGAUUUUCGAGAAAGCCGUAAGAGUCUGUUAUGAUUGGCAUUUUAAAGUGAGGUUAGAAUGAGAAUUUUUAUAAACAUUUUGAAAAUGUUCAUUGCGUUUCUCUCCGAUUACGCACGUGGCUUGUCUUAUACCGUAAUUACGAUAUUGAUUUUGUGUUAUUGUUUGCAUCCGGCAAGAUUCGCUUCGCAUUAUACAUUUAUAAAAGCUGAAGAUAUUUAUGAUGAAAUGGAAAGAUCAUAUCCACCAAGAGAUAACUCUUGUACUAUUCCAAUAAGUAACGAACGAUCUUCUCAUUUACUAUAUCCAGAGGAACAUCCUCGAGAAGAUCCAGUUGCCAUGGCUCGUCGUUUAGGAAUCCUCCCUGGAGGACAAUGGAAACCAUUGAAUUGUCAUCCUCUUUUCAAUGUUGCUAUUAUCUUACCAUAUCGCAAUCGACAAACGCAACUCACCAUCUUUAUGAAUUAUAUACAUCCUUUCUUACAGGCACAGAAUCUUAAUUACAGAAUAUUUGUGAUAGAGCAAAGUCCUAUGCGAGAAUUUAAUCGUGCCAAAUUGUUUAAUGUCGGAUAUGCGGAGGCAACUAAAAUCAAUGAUUUUCAUUGUUUCAUAUUUCAAGAUAUAGAUUUGAUACCACAAAAUCCUAACAAUAUCUAUGCUUGUACUAAAAUGCCAAGGCAUAUGAGUUCUAGUGUAAAUACAUUCCGGUAUAAUUUACCUUAUACUGGUUUAUUUGGAGGAGCAAUAGCAUUAACUCGUAAACAAUUUGAAAGAGUUAAUGGCUUUUCUAAUGUUUUUUAUGGGUGGGGUGGAGAAGAUGAUGAUUUUUAUAGCCGUCUACAAUCAAGGGGACUUCAAAUCACACGGUUUGGGCCUGAUAUAGCACAAUAUUACAUGAUAAAUCAUAAGAAAGAAUCUCCUAGUAGUGCAAGGUUUGCAAAUUUAGAGAAUGCUGCAAGAAGAUAUGAUACCGAUGGUAUUAGCAAUCUUGAAUAUAGAGUAUUAAAUCAUCAGCUACGACCAUUGUAUUCUUGGAUAUUAGCUGAUGUUUAGUUUUAACUUUAUACUCCAAUUUGUAUGGUCUUUACAGUCUUUUUAUGUUGUACUAUCUGCAACUAUAGAUAUCAGCAAUAUAAUGAAAUGUCAUUAGUAUUUAGUAGUUUAUAUUUACGGUUGUACAUUUACAAACUCAUAUAUGCAAAUUGUGAUUAGAGAGUAACUAGUUCAUAUUAACAAAUAGUAUAUACAAGAUUUGAAUUGUAUAUAUGUGUUUUGCAAUUAUCGUGUUGAUAAUGUGAAAUAGUGUCGUUUUUUACAACAUUACAUGGUAUGGCCUUGGAGUUUCAAUAAUAUAAUCACGUCCAUAUAUUCCUAGCUUCGUAAAGAUAUAUAUUAUAAAUAUAUAUAAUGAGAAUGUGUGUGCAUUAUAUCUAUUUAACAAACAUUUUAACCUUUGAAUCUUGCAUAUUUAAGUGAUUAAGCACUUUUUAUAAGAAUAUAAUUUAUAUUUAUAACAUAAACAUGUAAGUUAAACAAAUAAUGAUUGCUCUCAAGUAAUGAAAUUACUCUCUAUUUAUAAUAGCAAAUUAUGUGUAAAGCAAUAAUUAUACUAGUUUUUUGUAUUUUUAAGAAAGUAUUAAUUUUAGAAACAGAAUAAAUUUAAACACAUUUUUGUAUAUAGAGCCAGAAAACAAAAAAU